AUGAUAGGUUAUGCCCUGCAAAAUUCGAAAAUAGUGAGUAAUGCAUUGAAAAAUAUUCCGACUAAUGAUGGUACUGAAGCAAGUAUUAAUCGAAGAGAAGGGGUCGUAGGUCAUCUCUUUGAAAAUGAUAUCUUGUUAACACUUCCUCAAGUCAAAUCUCUGCUCCGAUCAAACAAAAACAAUAAAUGGCAACGUUUGAUUCGUAUUACCUUACGUCAAAUUGAAAUGGAAACAUGCGUACGUUUUCGGGAAAAUGCAGCACAUGAAGAUUAUAUACUUUUUAUACAAGGUAAUGGAUGUUGGAGUAAUGUUGGCCGAAUUGGAGGUCCACAACUGGUUUCUAUUGGAUUUGGAUGUGAAGCGACUGGUAUAAUUGCACACGAAGUACUUCACGCAUUAGGCCUUUGGCAUGAGCAGUCACGUGACGACCGUGAUAACUAUAUUAAAAUUAAUUACGAUAAUAUAUAUGCGGGUACAGAAGGAAACUUUGAAAAACGAUCACAGGAAAAUAGUGAUAAUAUGGGUCUAAGUUAUGAUCUCGGAUCCGUAAUGCAUUACGGUGCUACAGCUUUUACUACUAAUAUUCACAAAUUAACAAUAGAAACACGUGAACAGCUUUAUCAACAAACCAUUGGACAACGUAUGGGAGUUUCAUUCAAAGAUGCAAAAAUAAUUAAUUUAAGAUACUGUACAGAUAUUUGUGCACAUGAAAAAAUUUGCUACAAUGGAGGAUAUGUAAAUCCAAAUAACUGUAGACAGUGUAAAUGUCCAGCUGGCUUUGCUGGUGAUGAUUGCUCAUCUGUUGAAAAAAGCACAUCAAGCAAAUGUGGUGGGGAGUUACUAGCUGCUUUUGAUUAUCAAAGUAUUAAUAGCACUAAUCUCGAUGGUGAUAACAUUCGUUGCAUUUGGAGAAUAAAGUCACAAACAAGAGUGGUGAUGUAUGUUGAGGAACUGAAAUUGCCUUGUCAAGAACCGUGCUCGAGUUAUUUAGAGUUGAAGUACAGAUCUGAUAUGUCUGCAACUGGCCCACGUCUGUGUUGUAACAAACCGAUUGAAGCCAUAACAAGCGAGACGGAUACUUUUGUUGUUAUCUAUGCUACGAAUGCCAAUAAUGAUGAUCAUUUCACUCACAGCUUCAAAUUACAGUUCAGAAAAUAUAAUCCAAAGCGAGUGACAUUGCCUCCAUACAGUACUACUUCAACAGAGAUUAAUUUUAAAAAAUUAAAACAACCAAAGGAUAGAAUUAACUGCUUAAAUUUAGAACCAGCACAAUGGAGUGAGUGGGGUGAGUGGAGUACUUGUUCGGUUUCUUGUGGUGGGUGCGGUGUGCGACGGCGGAUUCGAGCUUGUUAUGGUGGCAAUCGUCAGUGCCCAGGUUCUAAAGAAGACGUAAUGGAGUGUGGUGCUAGAAGAUGCCCAGUUUGGGAACAUUAUGAUUGUUAUACUCGAUUAAUUAUGCCUUGCGACCUUCUUCAAAAUUUACAAUUUAUUACUGAAAAAGAUGUUUAUGUGGUAUUCAAUGAGAAAAAGCAUAUUUCGAAUCAGUGGAAACAGAGUAUCAGUGACAAGAAAUUGGCAGUUUCUAGAAGACGAAUGUGUCAGAAGUAUUUCAAUCAUCAAUGCUCAACGUCCAUUAUGACUUUCCGCAUGGAAUGGAAUACUGAAAACAAGAAGGAUCAGAGUGAUUUGGAUGAACGAGGAUGCUGUCACGGAUAUCAUUAUAAUAACACUGCCUGUGUACCAAUUAGAGACGCAAUUUUUUACAGUAGUUAAAU